AUGAUACGCAGAUACAGAUUUAGUAAUGAAGGUGUGAAUUAUAUUGUAAAUUUACUAGAAAAUGACAUAAAAAGGAGUACGAAAAGGAACCAUGCCAUUUCACCACGUAAUCAGGUGUUGCUAGCAUUACGAUUCUUUGCAUCUGGUUCCAUGUAUGAAGUUAUUGGGGAUACCUGCGGAUUUAGCAAAAGUACAGUGUCAAGAGCGGUUGACAGUGUCACAGAUGCACUAGUAAGUCACAUCCAUGAGUUUGUGCGCUGGCCACAUAAUGAGGAUAAAAAGAAAAUUUCUUCACACUUUUACGAUAUCGCCGGCUUUCCAAAUGUGAUCGGCUGCAUUGACGGCACACAUGUGAGAAUCCAGGCACCAAAGACCGAUGAGGCCUCCUUCGUAAACAGAAAAGGCUACCAUAGUAUUUCUGUACAAGCUGUCUGUGAUAAUGAAGGUAAAUUCACGAGUGUAAAUGCAAGUUGGCCAGGUUCUUGCCAUGACAGUCAUGUUUUCAGAACAUCGGGACUUUGUCAGCGUCUUGAGAAAGAAAACAAAAGUUUUUCAGAUGGGGUCCUUCUCGGUGAUAGCGGGUAUCCAUGUAGACCUUUCAUAAUGACACCAUUCUUGGCGACAGAUUCAGCUGGAAAAAUGCGCUACCAAGAGAGUCACACAAAGACACGUGUAACUAUAGAGAGAGCUUUUGGACAGUUGAAGCGUCGCUUUCAUGUUCUUCAUUCAGAGAUACGGCUUGCUCCUGCUAAGGUGUGUCGAGUUGUUACUGCAUGUGUUAUCUUGCAUAACAUAGCUCAUUUUCUUCAUGAAUCAGAUGUAGAGGAGUUUGAAGUAAAUGACUUGGAUGUCGACAAUGAAAGAUGUUUAAACGAUAGGCGAGAUGGGGCAGCAGUUAGAGAGUUUUUUGUACAGCAAUAUUUUGCAUGA